UAUUUCAUGGCGGAGGUAUUCGAUGAGCACAGCUGAAGCGCAGAUAAGCAAAUACGAAAUACGAGCGACGUAGCCAGACAGCAAGCAAAAUAGAUAGCUAGUUGUGUUCAGAGAGAAGAGGAGAGACGACAAGACUGAUUUUUUUCAAUUUUAUUUCCGAUGACCGACGCUGCAAUCAACCUUUCUUCAAAGCUAGCUAACGUUUCUAUAGCAAUCCGAUCUUUGAAUUUAAACAGAGACGUUUGAUGUGAAGUCGGCCAGGGUUGUCCUACAGCGAAAAUAAAAGGCCAAAACUGCGUUUCUGAGACGAAGGGAAUGUCUAAUUAACAUCCCUGUACGUGUCAAGCUUGUCAUUCCCUUCGUGUAGGUGCUAUUUACUGCGCUGGGAUUCUCUGUGGAAUGACCGUGUCAUGAUGCAGUCGCUGAGUCUCACCCCGCACCCAGGUGACGAGGGAGGGUGUCUCCGGCUGUCGGCCAAUCACAGAAGGUGCUUUAGGAUAGUCACUUCCUGUUUGUGUUCAUCAAUACUUCCUCUCGGAACCCUCCAGCCUCACUGACGUCCCGCCCCCUUGGUGCUAUGCGUCUCUACUUCCUGGUUUACCGUGUGCUGAUGAUGUCACAGAAGGAAGUAUAGGACCUCUCUUCCUGUAGAACAUCAGCCUCCUUGCACUUUCUAGAACAUCCUGUUCCUGCUGCUACUUGACUUCCUGUUAAUUGCACAACGUCUCUCAGACGCUCUAAGGCUCUGACCUCUGACCCCAAGCAGCCAUGAGGCACAUUCACGUAGAACUGACGCGCGGCAGCAAGGAGGAGCUGGCUCCUGUGGAGCUUCCAUCCGACGAGGGGGACCUGUCUCCUCCUGCGGCCCCCUCACAGGGCCCAGAUCCUGGGGUGAUGGUCGGGGUUUCCAGGCACUUUGGUCAGGAGCAGCUGCGUCUCCAGAAGGUCUACCAGCUCUCUAUCUUCUCCCAGCUGGGGGGGUUCUCAACCUCAGACCCCCCCAGGACAAGUGAGGCCCAGCCGGGACAAGCCCCUCGGAUGGCCAGGCCGGGGGUCAAGAGGGGCCUGGAGGAGCCCAAGCUUACCCACAAAUGGCCCCACCUGGCUGGGGAAACAUACAGAGAUGAAGACGCCCUAGAAGAAGGGGUUCUGUGUGGGCCAGGACCUGGGGUUGGGAUGGGGGUUGGGCAGGUAUUCUCCUGCAUCACGGUGGAUCACAGAGACUCAGAUGGGGACCUGUCACCUAGAUCCCCCCCACCUGAACCCCUCUCCCCCGGCCACGUCCCCGCCCGACGCCCCGCACAGCACAACCACGACAGGCCCGUCCCGGACCCGUGGGCUCCGCUGUCUCCCAAAUCACCUCCCAUGGUUGAGCCCCACAGCCCCCUUGGUUCCCGCAGCCCGUUACCCAGCACAGAGCCUCCUCCUGAUCCUGGAGGGUCCGGGGAGGGCUGCAGUAGUGGCUCCUCAUCAUCAGGACAGUGUCAGCCUAACUCCUGCAGUGACGAGGGUUCCUAUUGGGCCCUCGGAGCCUUCGAAACCCCCAACCCCCCUGGACCUCCCCUCGGACCUACAGGCUCCCUCUCCCCCCACUACCUUCUCACCACAGACCCCCAGGGGCCCGGGGAGGGCAGAGAGUGUGGGGCCGAACUGGAAUCCUCCCCACCCCAUCCCAGUACCACAGCAUCCAUCAACGAGCUGGCCUCCCUGGAGAAGACCCCCAGCACCAGCGGGUUCCGUGGGGUCCCCUCGGUCCCCUGCCCGGCUAAGAAGAAACUUCUAUCCUCUAGCGACACAGCAGAGUCGUGUUCGGAGGAUGAGGGCCCCUCUACCUCUAAGAGGAGCCGUCUUGCACUGCUGGCCCCUGGCUUAGGGCUGGCCUCCUGCAGGGGCACCGAUGCCAAGGCUGCCCCCUUCUGGAACCACCUGCUGCCUAACGCACAGGGCCGGGCCCAUGCCAAGAGUGUAUCAGAAGUCAGCAGAACCAGCAGGAGGCUGAAAAGUCGACAGCUGCGUAGUGGGCGGCGCACAGACACCUUGUGUCGUUCUGCUCGGUCAGGCUGGCCCUCUUCCUCAAUCAGCCGGUCACUUUUGGGCAACUUUGAGGAGUCGAUCUUGAAGGGUCGUUUCUCUCCGUCGGGUCGUAUCGAGGGCUUCACAGCAGAGAUCGGUGCCAGCGGAUCCUACUGCCCUCAACACGCCACUCUGCCUGUACACGUCACUUACUACGACAUCUCAGAGCACAGCGCACCCUCACCCUUCUUGGGAGUGAUCUCCUUGGAGCCUCUUGGAAAGAAAGGAUACAGCGUACCCAAAGCAGGGACCAUCCAAGUGACCUUAUUCAACCCAAAUAAAACUGUGGUGAAGAUGUUCCUCGUGACCUAUAACUUUGGGGACAUGCCCGUCAAUCACAUGACCUUCCUGCGUCACCGCAUCUUCCUGGUUCCCGUGGAGGAGGCCGGGCCAGAUGGGAAGGGGGAGGGGCCUACAGAGCCCAGGGCAACGCCCACAGAGAGGAAGAAGAUUCUCUGCUACUUGAUACACCUCAGAUUCCAGAGCUCCAAAUCUGGGAAGAUUUACCUGCACAACGAUAUCCGGCUGCUUUUCUCCCGCAAGUCCAUCGAGGUGGACACGGGGAUCCCCUACGAGCUCAAAUCUUUCACCGAGGUGCCAAGAAACCCCAAAUACUCUCCCCGUGUGUGAUCCUGCGGCUCCUCAUCCCUGACCCCUAACGCAGCCCGGAAUGGUGCACAGACAGACUGCUCAGUACAUCCACGAGAAAACUUGAAUAGACUAUACA